AUGCUAACCUGCAAUGGAGCGGAGAUCACUUGCCCAAGCGAGUGCUUUUGCCGCCACACUUUCGACCACGAGGCCGGGAGCUCACUUCGUGUAGAGUGUACGCGGGGUGACAUGCAAUCUAUACCUGUCGACUUCUUGGAUCACCAAUCAGACGUUGUCAUCAUCUCUGCUCCCGCCGAUCGCCCCAACUAUCUAACUAUUGGUCCUAUUUUUACCCAACCAGUGCCAUUCGUCAAUUUAAAAGAGUUGCAUAUUGUCCACUCAAAUAUACCUUCUAUUGGACAGUAUUCUUUUUGGGGUCUACAAAAUUUAAGAGUCGUAAAUCUUACACACAACAACCUUACUAGCAUUGGAGCGGACAACUUUCGUGGCUUGAUCAAUUUAACUGAAUUGCAUCUUGGAUUUAAUAAUAUUGAGCAAAUGCCAAGUGAGACAUUUCGCCAUUUGACAGCAUUGAAAAUUUUAAGUCUGGCGCAUAAUCAAAUUCCUGCUUUAGUACCCCGUCUCUUUCGGAUGCUAGCUAAACUCUCAUUUUUAGACUUAAGUUACAAUCCUCUAACUGAUCUAAAUCCUGAGGUGUUUAAAGAUAUUCAACACCUCAGGAUUUUUAAAUGCCGACGCUGCUUAUUGCGAAGAGUUAAUACACAAAUUUAUCACUUGGUACCACAUUUGGAUGAAUUGGACUUAGGUGAAAAUCAAUUUAAAUAUUUGACGUCUGAUGAAUUCAUAAGCUUGAAAAAGUUAAAAAAAUUGAAAUUGGAUGGAAAUCAGCUAUCAGUUAUUGUAGACAAUAUGUUUGGAAAAAACAAAGAACUUCGAGUACUGUCAUUGGCACGCAACCGUCUCGCCCUGUUGGCGCCUGCUGCCCUCACUAAUUUAACUAUGCUUAUGCACUUAGAUAUAAGCCACAACAAAAUUGACCGAUUUCACUUACAAACAUUUGCUCCUGUUGUUGAUUCCCUAAAAACUAUCAACUUUAGCGGGAAUAAUUUGCCACUAAACGAAAUUGCAAUUGUUCUACAAAUAUUACCGGAAAUUCAUGGUGUGGGCUUAGCCAACUUAUCUCUAUAUGAAAUACCACCAAACUUUUUCACUUACAAUGAACAUCUUGUUGCGCUAGAUAUAUCAUGGAACAAGAUGACAGUAUUCCCAUAUAAGUUACUUACGAAGACAAAAUUUUUACAACGACUGGAUAUAUCUAAGAACAAACUUCACACGCUCAACGAAGAAGACCUUCAGAGACUAGAAGCGAUUGCUCAUAUUGAUUUGUCAAAAAAUCACUGGCGCUGUGAUCAAUGCUCUGCAGGUACGAUGUUAGUUUUUAUGGCUACCACAGUUUUGAACGCAACAAUUCGUCGUCUGAAAUGCCAUUCCCCGUUGAGAUUACAUGGCGUGACAUUUGGAGAGCUAGCAUUCGAUAGUUUGGAACUUUGUGCGACUACACAUGAAGCGCAAAUGAGCGUGAUAGCUGGGUUAAUGUUAUUAUGCGUGGCAAUAUUGGCUGUAGUGACAACUGCUUUAUGUUGCUCAAGACGUAGAGCAGCUCAUUAUUAUACUAAUGAAGAAAAACGGCGGGAGCAUGAACACGACCAUCCCGAGGAAUUACUUGGAAGGUCUGAGUUAGGGAGCGUUGCUACUAUUCACGCACCCUACUUGGUAAAGGGGAGC